GGAAACCCAUUUCCUUAAUUACCCUCUAAUUAACUUAAUUAGACUCUAAUUUCCUCCCAUUUCUUCUAAAUAACCUCUAACCCAUCAAAUUACUAAAUAAUUAGAUUUAAUUUAUAUUUCUUCUAAAUAGUUAAUUAUUAUUUUUAAACAGAGCAGAACAGAUAAUAUAGUAGAGCAGAUUUCAGCAAAGCCGAGUAGGACAGGGCAGAGUAAAGCAGAACAACUCAAAAAAACUGGCCUAACUUGGAUUUUCUCCACUUCUAUGGUCACAAGGGGGAAAAAAACAUAAAAAAAAAAAAAAAAAAAAAAAAAUAAAAAUAAAAAAAUGACCGUACGAACUAGUGAAACUAAGUCCAAUUGAAUUUUUAUUAAGGUAGUCGGAGCAAUUGUAGCCUGAUCAAUCGAUCAUGGAGCGCGCGCAGAUGGAAGAAGCAUUAAGGGUCUUAAAUAAGGGUCUUUCUCAAAUCAAAUGGCGCCUUAAAUCUUCAUCAAAGCUUCGUCUUGAGAUUGAUGUUUUGGCAUUAUGUUCAGGAAUGAGGCCUCUUGUGAUGGUUGACUAUGGUGGGAAGAUGCCUGAGCUGCAAGAGCAUUUGUGUUCCCUUAUUGACCUUAUUCACAAGGAGUCUACUAUUUUCCAGCAGUUAAGAGUAAUGGUUAUUGAAGAUAUGAUCUACCUGUUAAAUGUCAGGGAAUUUGCUGAAUAUGUUACCUGGAGUUUAAGCUCGGAUGCAAAACAGUAUUUUGUUGACCUUGAGCAGGAUCCUCCUGAGAUGAUAUCAACAGCUGUUGGGAGCCCAGCUAUCAAGGAGUUGGUGUCUGUUCAAAAUCUGUUCUCAUCGGUGUUUACUUCUGAUGGUGUUAAUAGUGAUGCUUUGCCAGGACAAAGUAAAGACCACCAGAAAUAUGCUAAAUCUUCUUCUAAUCUUUGCCAAUUCUUGGAAGUUCUUGAUUUCAGUAGCUGCAUGCAAGACUAUCAAAUCACAAUACCAACUCUAAACGGAUGGCUUCUUGGAUAUCCAGUGGUGUACCUGUUUGACAAGGACCAUAUUUCAGAUGCUAUCUAUAAUCUCUCAACCAAGCCUCUUCGCCUUUACAAAGUUCUAGUCCACAGAAGUACCUCGUUUAGCAAUACCUUACCAACAGAGGAGCUAAUGAGUUUUUCAGUGCCGUACGACCUGAGUAUGGAAGGUCACAACGAACCGUGGGCAAAAGCGUUUUGGGUUCAGGUGCAAGAGAAACAUGAAAAAUGUAAACAAGUUUGGAGGUCCUUGCAAAUGGAGGUCAGUGAAUGCUAUCCACAAGCAAUUGCAUUGUAGUAGCUAGUAUCACCUUAUCGUAGUAGUUAAAAGUCCAAUGGUUGAAUUGUGAUGUCAAUUGUAAAUUGUAAUUCCAACAUUUUUUUUUGGAAAAAUUGGUUUUAUUAAUCCCAACUUUUGAUUAUUUUUAAAUAAUACCAACUUUAAAAGGCAUUUUCUUUUAACAGGCCAAAUGACCGGUGGCCUGAUUAAAAAGUUACCUCUUAUUUAUUUAUUUUCUUAAAUGACACUUGUCACAAUUUCAUUAGUUAAAAAAAAAAAAUUAAAAACAAAACAGUACCAAAAAAAAUAAAAUGAAACCCCUUCCCAGCCCCCCACGCCUCCCCCAUCCCCCACCGGAAACACCCCAGUACCCCACCCACCCCCUUCCCACCCUUCCCCCACCCCCGGAAAACGCCGACCAGCACUCCACCACCCUCAAAACCUCCUGCCCUCCCCCCCACCCGCGAUUUGGGCAAUUUAAUGUUGUUGUUGACGGUGGUCUGAGUGGCGGCUAACUGUUGCGACUGAUGUUCGAGUUGCGCUUGAGUUGGCGAGGUUGAGGGAGAUAGGUGGUUAAUAUUACUAAUUUUUCCUUUUGUUGUGGAAGAUAAAUUGCAACAUUUAUAUUGUUCAUUUGUUCUACUCCAUUUUGGUUUUAGAGCAUUUUUAAAUGAAUGUCGAGUAUCCAUCUUAAACUUUUGCUCCCCUUUUUGCCAAACGAAGAAGAAUGUGAGUGGGUGUAAAAUUUUACCCGGGUGUAGGAUGAAAUUAGUGAAAUGCCUGAAAUCAUCAUCAAUUUUGGUUAAAACUGAAUAUGUCAUGGACUACAUAAUAACUGACAUAGACAGCAAUUUGGUCUUUUUUUCCUUUCAAUGAGUUUGAAGAUUCUCAACACACUUACGGAGUAGUACGGAAACUGGUUUGGCACAUGUGUAAUUGAUUUUGACGCACCUUUAUGUGAAAUGUGUACUGAAAACUAUGUUCUCACAAAUACAACAAAUUUUAAUGUUAAGCCAAAAUCAAA